AGUAAUGACAAAUAGAAAUUGACAUUGACAAUAGGCGUCAUCUACGUAAAGUGUAGCUUGACAUUUUCCUUUCCUUUUCUUUCAUAAUUUGCACGUCUAACGUGGUGGUGGAUUUUUACUGUCAAGAUGUCGUCUAAAGUAUCUCGUGAUACGCUCUAUGAAUGCGUGAAUGCGGUUCUCCAAUCGUCCAAGGAUAAGAAACGGAACUUCCUUGAGACUGUUGAGCUACAAAUUGGUUUGAAGAAUUAUGAUCCUCAGAAGGACAAGCGUUUCUCCGGCACCGUCAAGCUAAAGUACAUCCCAAGGCCUAAGAUGCAGGUGUGUGUAUUGGGUGACCAACAGCAUUGUGAUGAAGCGAAACAGCUUGAAGUGCCAUGCAUGGAUGCUGAAGCUCUCAAGAAAUUGAAUAAGAACAAGAAGUUGGUUAAGAAAUUGGCAAAGAAAUAUGAUGCUUUCCUUGCAUCCGAGUCCCUGAUCAAACAAAUCCCCCGUCUUCUGGGUCCUGGUCUGAACAAAGCCGGCAAGUUCCCUGGUUUACUAUCUCACCAGGAGUCUAUGACUCAGAAGAUUGAUGAAGUUAAAGCCACUAUCAAGUUCCAGAUGAAGAAGGUGUUAUGUCUCUCUGUUGCGGUGGGCCAUGUUGAUAUGAGUCCUGAUGAGCUUGCACAGAAUGUACAUCUUUCAAUCAACUUCCUUGUGUCCCUACUGAAGAAACACUGGCAGAAUGUGCGCUCACUCCACAUGAAGUCAACCAUGGGACCACCCCAAAGAUUGUACUAAUCUUUUUAUUUAUAAAUAUUGACAUCUUA